UGCUUCUACUCAUGGUGAAGUGGGCCCAAUACCCUCUCCACUUCAUGAGAUGGCCAUAGCUAAUGACUCUUUAGUCACCCCGCAGACUCAUCCAGACCAAGCUAUGCUCUGUACGUUGGAUGUGUCUGAGGCCUUAGAAGAUCUGGAAAGUGAGUGGUCAAACAAGGACCCUCGCGAAUCUUGGGUGGCACUAAGGAAAGGUCCUAGAGGGGAACAUUUCGUAGUGGAAGUUGAUGUAGGAGGCCGCAAAUGUGGUGCCUUCAUAGACAUUGGCUCCACGCGGAAUUAUAUAAGUCGCGAUUGUUUGGAAAGGUUGCACCUACAGGACUGGGUACGGCACCUUAGUAGACCAGUAGCAUCUACUUUGGCCAACAAAGAGCGCAUGAUAGUCACAUACUAUAUCAAGGACGUAGUUUGUACGUUCUCCUAUGGAGGAGGAGAACUUAAUCAUAAGGUAUCGUUCUUGGUUAGCGACGAUUUGCCAUUCGACAUGUUGUUGGGAAUGUACUACCUUGAGGUUGCUAAGGCCCAGUUCGACUGGGACAAGAAGGCGCUUAAGCAUAAGUUGCCCGAUGGCAGAACAGUCAGAUUGACUAAGUUCAAAGCCAGUAGCAUUAUAGAUACCUAUGGCUGCUUGUGUGCAUCAGCGUUCUACAACUAUUACAAACAGAACCAAGAGGAGGGUAUGUACCUAGUGUAUGUCUCUGAGAAAGGGGAGGCCGUUAAAACACCCCCAGAGAUAGAACGCGUCGUUGCUAAGUUCCCUGACCUGUUCGAAGAGCCUACAGGGGUCGUAGAAAGAGAGGUUGUCCACUCCAUAGAAAUCAUUCCAGGGAAUAAGUUUAUCGUGCUUUACCUUGACGACAUUCUGAUCUUUAGUAAGUCUGCCGAGGAGCAUGCACAGCACGUUGAGACUGUACUUUCACUCCUGCGACAACACAAGUAUAAGGUCAACCAAGAGAAGUGCGAGUGUGGUCGCACUAAGAUAUUAUACUUGGGUCAUGAAGUAUCCGCGGAAGGGAUUGGGCCGGAAGAUGCGAAGGUGGCUAAUAUUCGAGACUGGCCACGACCUCAAAUUGUCACUGAGGUCGGAUCUUUCUUAGGAAUGUGCGGCUACUAUAGGAACUUCGUAAAGAACUAUUCUACAGUCGCCUCUCCUUUGACGGAUCUAACUCGACUUGACACGCCGUGGGACUGGAGUGAUGAGUGCGAGGGUGCUUUCAAGCGAUUGAAGCAUGCACUCAUGAAUCAUGAAGUUCUCAUGGUUCUCGAUCCUCAAAAGCCAUUUAUAGUAACUACUGACGCAAGCCAACAUGGCAUUGGCGCAGUGCUGGCUCAGCAGGAUGGGAAGAAGUUGAGACCGAUUGAGUACAUGAGUAAGAAGAUGCCAUCUAAGAAACUGGCAAAGUCCACUUACGAAAGAGAACUCUAUGCUCUCUACAAGGCACUUGUCCAUUGGAGACAUUUUCUGUUGGGACGGUUCUUCUAUUUGAGGACUGACCAUCAGACACUCAAAUGGAUCAAGACUCAAUCGGCUCUUUCUGAUGCACUCAAGCGAUGGAUUGAGGUCAUAGAUCAAUAUGACUUCAAGCUUGAGUAUCGGAAGGGGGAGUACAAUAAGGUUGCAGAUGCGCUAUCACGUAGGGAAGACUACAUAGGGUCGCUAGUUUCUGACUUUGGUGUAUCGGAAGAAGUAACUCAAUCGUUGGUGGGAGCCUAUCAGGAAGACCCUGUCACGAUAGACAUCAUGCACAAACUUCAGGCAAAAGACAAGGCCACGGAAAGACAGAGUGUUUCCAUGGAUUUCAUGGACACCUUGGUGACCAGUAAGAGUGGCAAGAGGCACAUUUUCGUCAUCAUCGAUCGAUUCACCAAGUACGCUAGACUAGUUGCCAUGCCAGAGACCGCAAGGACUGACCAUGUCAUCAAGUUGUUCCAGGACAACUGGGUAGGGGAACGUGUCUGGGUCAAGGCUAGUGAGCUAGGACAGGAAUUCGGGAUCUCUCGUAAACUAAUGCCACAGUAUUUUGGUCCUUCGGAAGUCCUGGAUGUAGUGGGGGAUGAGAUGGAUGGUCCUACCUAUGUUAUCCGUAUCCCUGGACACCUACGCACUCACCCUGUCUUUCAUGCCUCAAAGCUUGCACCUUUCGCUGAGACAGAUCAAUUCCCUUCAAGGAGAUCGAUGCUGCCCCCAACCAUGGAUGGUCAAGUGGACAUCGACGACAUUGUGGAUCACAGAGAUCUGCCUGUUCAGAAGCCAUUGGGUAAAGAAAGACCUCCAAAACCCAAGCGGGAGUGUCGCGUCAGAUUCAGGCAUCAUACAGAUCCAAAGGAAGAUCGAUGGUUCACCAGAGAGGAACUGAUUGACACAGCUCCUCAAGUGGUGGCAGAGUAUGAGAGAAUGUUAAAAGGGAAGGCAUCUGCGAACACAGCAAGAGGACAUCCUCUGCGUGGACACCCUGGUCCGGAGCAGGCUCGACUUCUCGACGAACUGCUUGACCGGGUACGGCGGCUGGAACAACAGCUUACAACAGCCAACCCCGCCGGACCCUCCAACUUGACGGACCGCGUUAACGUCUUGGAAAUCGACGUCGACACUCUCAAGGACGGUGCUCUAGCAACAAAUCAGCGGAUUGACCAGCAGAUUUGUGUCGCCGCAGCCAGUCCGACCGCGACUACUCGCGGGAGCAUCCCAAAGUUUGACGGCCUGCCGAUCUUCUGCGAUGCAACGAAGACAGACCCGAUCCCAUGGUGGCGCCAGUUCGAGUUGAAGUUGGACAUACACCACGUCAUCAACCCGAACCGGCACGCAUACUUAUACUCCCGCUCGGGAGGCGCGUGCCAGGCAUGGCUGGACAACAUGUUGUCCACCCACAACAUCGCAGUCUCCGAGCUGCAUACGAAGAUCAACUGGGCUGAUCUCAAGGCAGCAUGGCAUAAGCGGUUCCAAGUGGAGCCGCCCAGGCUUCAGGCAGUCGAGAAACUGCAACGGUUCUAUCAGAACGACCUGCCAAGCACGGACUGGAUAACCGAGUACCAACGCUUGGCAUGCACGCCCAACUUGUCGUCGACAUUUGUUGCUAUCAAGCACUUCUUCAUCAGGAGGAGUUGUCCGGCGUUGCAGAACGCCUUGACGCAAGUUGCGAAGACGCUCACCACAAGUGAGCAGCUUUUUGAUAAAGCCUCGCAGAUCAUCGUGACGAACAUCGAAGCCAAGAAUUUGGGCCAUUCGUCUGCUGCGGGCCAGGGCAGAGGUCAGCAUCGGGCGAAAGUGGCCGUGGUCGCGGCAGCUACAGUGACCGACCCUUCAAACGAGGCUGCCUCUUAUGAGGAAGGAGACAAAUUGGCAGCCGCCCGGGAUGGUGGCCGCCCCGCCAGAGGGCGAGGACGUGGCAAAUCGAAGACACACACCAAUUCAUCUCCCGGGGCCUGGACCAGCGGCUCAAGAGCCUUGGACACAUUACAAUAUGUCGGAAGGCGUGUACCGCAAACUCCCAUCGGAAAAGUGAGCACCUCCGAGAGUGAUGCGGCUGCACACUCGACGCCUUUGGAAUCGGUUGCUUCGCGAGCGACCUCUCUUCAUUCCGAGGCACAUGCGAAAGUCGACAGUCCUCUGUUAUAUUCUUAUGAGGACUAUGCUGCCCGGCUUGUUCCUUCACUGGGUUCUCAAGCUCAAGGACAAGAUGAGUGUGCGGCUUCUUCUCCGUCCGACAACAACAACAAUGAAUCGUCUUCAAGUGGUUCUUCAAGGGAUUCGACGCACGAGUUCAACAUAGAGGUCUUGGACCCGUUGACGUCCGAGGAUUUUGCAUGGCUUCCUCUCCCUUCCACAGGCUGCUUGUCGGGACCGCAAUGCGCAGCACUAUGCGCCCAUCUCCACACAUACUUAGCCUUCUAUGCACCACCACCUUCGCCGACGGAUGACGAAGCUGCGGUGGGGGACAUCCUUGCGUAUGUUAGCAAGGUGGCCCGCGAGUUUCGCACGCAGCAGUACGAUGAUAACAACGCACCGCUCCUUUAUGUCAGCAUCCAAGUUGGGCAAGCGUUCUGCAGCGCUUUGCUGGAUAGCGGCGCGACUCGCAAUUCCAUCAGCCAGUCCUUUAUCCAAAGGGCCGGCCUUGGCGCACAAGUUCGAAGGAAGCCAAACCCGACGGCGAUCAAGUUGGCGGACGGUUGGACGCAACAACUCCUCAAUCGCUACAUUCAAGCUGUGAAGGUUUAUUUCGCACCUCAUGCAUGCGAACCGGCGACGUUUGACGUCUUGGACACGGACUUCGACAUCAUUUUGGGGAUGCCUUGGCUUGCAAGUGCGGAUCACACGGUUAACUUCCUUCAACGAACACUUACCGUUCGCAAUGCCUUCGGCGCCGAGGUACCGGAAGCGAUUGCCAUGGACAUUACCGGCCCGUUCCCCAAGCACAAGACCGGAGUGGAUGGGAUUCUCACAGUGGCCGACCGACUCACCAAGUUCGCCAUGUUUUUGCCUUGUCGCUAUCAUGCCAAGGCACCGGAGCUGGCCGAGGUUCUGUACGCCGGUUGGAUUCGAACCAAGGGUUACCCCAAGGAAAUCCUCUGCGACCACGACACUCGGUUCAUGUCCGAUUUUUGGUUGGCGCUCACCAAACGAUGGGGCUCAUCUCUCAAGCCUAGUUCAGCUCGCCACCCUCAGACGGAUGGCCAGACGGAGAGGGCGCACCAGACGGCACAGGUUCUCCUUCGCACUCUCAUCCGUCCCGACCAAAAGGAUUGGGUUGAGCGGCUGCCGGAUGUCGAGUUGGCCUACAACUCGUCCAUCCACCCGACUAUCAGGAUGUCGCCCUUCGAGUUCGAGCACGGCUCGCCAGUCACUUCGCCAUUGGACACAAUCAUUCCGCGAACGGCCGAGAGCGACGACCAUCUUCUUUUUUUGCGUCGAAUGCAAGAGCUACUUGUCAAGGCACUCGACCAGAUGGCCAAGACGCAGCAACGCAUGAGCCAACAGGCCAAUCGCUAGCGUCUUCCUUGCCCAUUCCGCGUCGGCGAUCUCCUUUGGGUUUCCACCGCGGAAUUCAGUCUUGAACAA